UCGUUUUGUGCACCAGUGCAUUCGCGUACGCCAUGAAGACUGUCAACUGUUCCGCGAUAGAACCCAUCGAAUCGGAGAGCUCGAUUGUUAUCUCGGGUAUUGCGGGAAAGUAUCCAAGAUCGGACAAUGUUCAAGAGUUUGCCGACAAUCUCUUCAACAAAGUUGAUCUUGUCGAUGACAAGGAAGAUCGUUGGCGCCAUACACACCCAGACAUACCGAAGCGUCUCGGAAAGCUGAACAAUCUCGAAAAGUUCGAUGCGGAUUUAUUCGGAUACAGUCUACAGGAUGCGCAUACGAUGGAUCCUCAGCAUCGUCUUUUGCUGGAACAUUGUUAUGAGGCAGUACUGGAUGCGGGUCUGCAUCUAGAUGACUUGCGCGGGACGAAAACGGGUGUGUUUAUUGGAUGUUCCUUUUCCGAAAAUGAAACCUAUUGGACGUACAAGAAAACGCGUAUGCCCUACAAAAAACUAAUGCUAGGCUUUACAAGAAGCAUGCUGGCUCUAAAGGUAGCGUAUGCGUUGGAUUUGAAAGGACCAGCCAUGACGAUGGAUACGGCAUGCAGCAGCUCAAUGUACGCUCUCGAUUGGGCAUGUAAAGCUAUCCGACAGGGACAGUGCGAUGCCGCCAUUGUCGCCGGUACUAAUCUCACGCUGCAUCCUUACAUUACGCUUCAGUUUGCAUUGCUCGGUGUGUUGGCAGCGGAUGGAUACUGUCGACCAUUCGAUAAGAAUGCGUCCGGAUAUUCCCGGUCCGAGGCUAACGCUGUAAUUCUGCUCCAAAAGGCCAAAGAUGCCAAGCGCAUCUAUGCACACGUGGUUAAUACCAAAACGAACUGCGAUGGUUAUAAACUCGAGGGUAUUACCUUCCCAUCCAACAAGGUGCAGAAGCAACUGCUCGAUGAACUCUACUCGGAAGUUCCCUAUGACCCGAAGGACAUCAGCUACGUGGAAGCGCACAGUACCGGUACCGUAGUUGGUGAUCCAGAGGAGUGUGACGCCAUUGAGAAGGUGUUCUGUCCUAACAGAAAUCGACCACUACUUGUCGGAUCGGUAAAAUCAAACAUCGGACACUCGGAACCAGCUGCUGGAAUUUGCUCCAUCACUAAGUGUAUUAUCGCGAUCCAAACUAACCUUAUUCCACCGAACAUUCACUACACGGAACCUCGGAAAGAUGUACCGGCGUUGCUGAACGGUCAACUCAAAGUGGUCGAUGAGGUAACACCGCUCGAUGGACCACUAGUAGCAGUCAAUUCGUUCGGUUUUGGAGGAGCCAAUGCACACGCACUACUGCAUGCUUACACCGGAAAGAAGGUGUCUAGUGAUCAACCUUUCGAUGAGCUUCCCCGGCUAGUAGUGUGGAGUGGGCGAACGAUCGAAGCGGUUGACCAUUUUUUGGAAGGUAUUGCCAAACACAACUUUGACCCCGAACUCUACGCCUUAACACACAACAUUCAGCGGAAGGGACACGCUAAAAUGAACAAUCGUGGGUACGCUAUAUUAACUCGUCGUGAAGACGGUUCCACUGUUAUUAUGCAGAAGAGCAUUUCCAAAGCGCGAAAAGUGCUGCCCAAGUUUGCAAUCGUUUUUGGACAGAUGGAUUACGAUUGGCAAACGACAUUGCGAGCUUUUAAGAAAUUCCCACUGUUUAAAUCAUCGGUAGAACAGUGCUUAAGCUUGUUGAAGGCUCCGGAGUAUGAGUACAUCUUUAGCAAGGAUCAAAAAGCGACCAUUCUGCAGCGCACGGUCUGGACACUGAUAGUACAGAUCAGUGUAUACCACACACUUAAAGCUAUCGGGCUUAAGGUUGAUCAGUAUGGUGGAUACUCGAUCGGGCAGAUAACAUGCGCUUACAUCGAUGGUGUACUUUCCCUUUCGGACGCGAUACGUGUAGCAUUCACACAUGGAGUUCUGCUCGGUGCUUACCCCAAUCCGGAAACAUUUAACUAUCGUGAUAUUAUCACGGACAAGGACUUGAACGCCAAGCUGGCAUCUGUGCUACAAUCUUUCCUCUUCGCGAAACCGACCAACAAGUGGAAAACUGCUACCUCCGUGCUGUCUUUCCGUAUUUACGAUCCAAAAACAUCGGCCAAAAUAUUCAAUACGAUCGAUAGCGAUGCAAUAGUGUUGCAACCACUUCCCUCGAUUCAAUCCACUGAUAACAUAGUAAAAAGUUUUCUAUCCACUAUAGGACGAGCAUUCGUCGAUGGACAACACUGCCAGCUACUAGAUCUUUACCCCAAGGUAACGUUUCCGGUAUCGUUAGAAACGCCCAUGAUCGGCCCUCUCAUCCAAUGGGAUCAUUCGGUUGACUGGCAUGUGGCCAACUUCCGUACCAAAAAGCUGGUAGGUCAAGUUUCCAAUCACUACACCGUUUCACUAGCGGAACAAGAGUACAUUGCCGGUCACUGUAUCGAUGGUAGGGUGUUGAUACCUGCAACAGAAUAUCUGUAUAUCGUGUGGGAUUCGUUCACCAGCAAAACAGGAACCAUCCCGAACGAAGUGGCCGUUGAAUUUACGGAGAUUGAAUUUUUACGCGCGACUACCAUUACAAGUAACCAAGUCAUAACACUUCUUGUCGAAAUUAACGACAUCAGUGGACAUUUUGAAGUGACCGAAGGUUCGACACUGGUCGUGAAAGGCUGCAUUCAACGUCUUAAUCAAUUUAAACUGCGUCCCAUUCAGCAAAGAACCACCCAAGCUGUAACGCUUCCAACUAAGGAUUUCUACAAAGAGCUGCGACUGCGUGGAUACCACUAUGGAGGAUUCUUUAAGUCCGUCAUGGAGUCUGCUAGUGACGGUUCGUUAGCUAAAAUCGAAUGGAAAGACAACUGGACAGCCCUGCUGGAUUGCAUGCUUCAGGUCGCAAUCACUGCUGUGGAUUCUCGUUCGUUAGUCAUACCUACACGCAUUGACUCAAUCAAAAUUGAUCCCAUCCAGCAGAAAACGUCACUCUUAAUUGACGAAAAUAACGUCCCGUUCUGCAGAGUGUGCUUCGAUUCUCAUCUAAAUCUGUUGCAAAGCAGUGGUAUUGAAAUUCGUGGUCUUAAUGCAAGUACCAUCGCUCGACGGCUUGCACCAGGGGUUCCUGUGCUGGAGAGUUACAAGUUCCAGCCGUACUAUCCACAGAACACAGUUCAACCAGCCACGGCCGUGUCAACCAUUGUCCAAACGAUUCUGGAAAAUCAAGCUACAAUUUUGUUCUCCGUUACGGAAAUUCACUCCAAAACGAGGGACCCGAUUAUUUCUCUCUUCGGUGACGCUAUCGGUGACUUGCCCUUGGUGAAAGCUCACCUUACACUGCUUUCCACUGCAAAGCCAGAGCCUAUUCCUAAUGUCACCAUCUCAGAGGAUAAGCUCAUGAAGCAACGCAACGUACUGCUCCUCAUCUGCGAGAACCUGUUCAAUGAUGACGAGUUCAUCUCCGAUGCGAUCAACUCUCUAUCUGAUCAAGGAUUCAUACUGCUCCGGGAAGCUGAAGGAUAUCGUCUUCAGGAUAGCCACCGACGACUCCAGCUUGUGAGCACCAUUCCGAUCGAAGGUGAAACAUACCUGCUUCUGCAACAAAAGAAGUCCGCUAUGAGUACCUCCGUCGAUUCUCACGUUAUCAAGAUAUCGUCGAACGAUACCACACAUAACUGGCUGCUGGAGUUGAAGCAAGAAGUCAAAACUAAACCCAUCAUUCUCUACGCCCAGAAUGAUCCUUCUUCGGGUAUCAUCGGUCUUGUGAACUGUAUCCGCAAGGAGCCCAGCGUUCAAACCGUUUCCUGUUUCUUCAUCGAUGACCCAAACGCUCCCCCGUUCGAUGCUUCCAAUGCUUUCUACAAAGAUCAGAUUGAGCUUGGACUGGCGAUCAAUAUUUAUCGUAAUGGACAAUGGGGAUCAUAUCGGCAUUUCAAGCUACUGGAAGGGCCGCGUUACGAGUCUACCACUAAUCAUUGCUUCGCCAACUGUGUCAAGCCUGGAGAUCUCUCCUCAUUCACCUGGAUGGUUGGUCCUCUUAGUGAACAACCACCAUCAAGCCCAUUGGUGAAAGUCGUUUAUAGCUCAUUGAAUUUCAGAGACGUUAUGGUUGCUACUGGAAGACUCACUAUUGAAACGUUCUGUACUGACCGACUACAGCAAGAGUGUAUUUUGGGUUUCGAAUAUUCUGGUGUCACUGCCUCCGGAAAGCGGGUUAUGGGAAUUAUAAAUGCAGGAUCCAUGGCUACAAUGAUUGAAGCUGAUUCCCUCUUCACCUUGGAUGUUCCGGAUGAGUAUACCUUGGAGCAAGCUGCUACUAUUCCAACUGUAUACGCUACGGUCUAUACUGCCUUCUUCAUUUGCUCCCAUAUUCGCAAAGGAAACUCCAUUCUCAUACAUGCUGGUACGGGAGGCGUUGGACUGGCCGCUAUUCGAGUAUGUCUAGCAUACGGACUUGAGGUCUUUACCACCGUUAGCACUAAAGAGAAACGUGAAUUCCUGUUAAGCUACUUCCCGGAACUUAACCCCAACAACAUCGGUAAUUCUAGAGACAUCUCUUUCGAAACGCUCAUCAAGGAGCGUACCAAUGGGCGUGGUGUUGACUUUGUACUCAACUCCCUCUCUGAGGAAAAGCUUCAGGCUUCUAUUCGCUGUCUAGCUAAGGGAGGACACUUCUUAGAAAUUGGAAAGUAUGACAUGAUGAAGGACUCCAAGCUCGCAAUGACACUCUUCCAAAAAGGACUCACCUUUACCGCCGUGCUCGUUGACUUGAUGUUCAAGGAGAAAAGAGAACUCUUACAGACGAUACACAAACUCAUUAUGAAGGAUCUUUCCAAAGGAAUCAUCAAACCGCUACCUACUACCGUAUUCCAGGCGCAUGAGAUCGAACAAGCAUUCCGAUAUCUUGCUACGGCCAAACACAUCGGAAAAGUUGUGCUCAAGAUUCGCGAUAACGAAGAUGAUCUUGCAUCCGUGCCGAUAUCCUAUCUGCCGCGGGUGUACUGUAACUCUGAGCAAAGCUUUGUCAUUGCUGGUGGUCUCGGUGGAUUUGGACUCGAACUGGCCGAUUGGCUUAUUAUUCGAGGCUGUCGUAAGUUGCUUCUUAGUUCCAGCAGGGGUAUUACCAAGCCCUAUCAGCAGUAUCGUAUCAAUACAUGGCAUACGUACGGAGUGCAAGUGCUCGUCUCUACGGAGGACAUUUCCACCGAAAGUGGCUGUCGCCGACUUCUUCAGCAAGCCAUCCAAAUGGGACCCAUUGCCGGUAUCUUCAAUCUUGCUGUACAGCUACGGGACGCCAUCAUCGAAAACCAAUCAGUGGACAAGUUCGCCGAGUGCUUGGCUCCUAAAGCCACCGCUACACACCAUUUCGAUCUAAUCAGCCGAGAGUUGUGUCCCAUGCUGAAGCAUUUCGUCGUUUUCUCCAGCGUUUCGUGUGGACGGGGAAAUGCUGGCCAAUCUAACUAUGGUAUGGCGAACUCCAUCAUGGAACGAAUCAUCGAACAUCGUGUCGCACAAGGCCUGCCCGGAAAAGCUAUCCAGUGGGGUGCUAUCGGUGAGGUCGGCAUUGUUGCCGACAUGCAAGAGGACAAAAUCGACAUGGAGAUCGGUGGUACAUUGCAGCAACGACUCUCUUCUUGCAUCCAAGUGCUAGACCAGCUACUAACCACUUCUGCACCCCUUGUGGCCAGUAUGGUUGUGGCCGAGAAGCGUAGCUCUAGUGGCGGCGCCAAGAACAUCGUCGAAGCCGUCAUGAACAUCAUGAACAUUCGCGAUAUGAAGUCGGUCUCCGUUGAGAGUACUCUCGCUGACAUCGGUAUGGACUCGCUCAUGGCCGUCGAAAUCCGACAGGUUCUCGAACGAGACUUCGAUAUCAUCUUGACGCCUCAGGAUCUUCGCACACUCACUUUCUCCAAGCUUCAGAAACUCGCCGAUGCUAAGGCCGAGAACGAGACUGCUGAAAAAGCAGCCCAACAACUACAACUGGAGGAUUUGUUGGCUAGCUUCGGUGAUGAAGCUGCCAGUCAUCACACUGUCUUACGGUUGCCUUCCAAAUGUAAUGACCUCGUGUUCGAUCGACCAGUUCUUCUUAUUCCCGGCAUUGAAAGUGUAUGUAGCCCAGCCUGGAUCAAGAUCGCUUCCGAGAUCAACGCGCCUACAUUUAUGCUGCAAACAUUCGCCAAUGCAACCGAUGAACAGACCAUUCCCGGAAUCGUCGACACCGUCUUUGACGAGAUGUUCGAAACUGUCUUCGCCAAGGCGGAGCAAUUCUUGGUCAUUGGUCACUCUUUCGGAUCAUUGUUGGCACUGGAGAUAGUGAAGCGCCUAGAGGCACGAUCGCUAUGCGGAAAGUUGAUGCUAAUCGAUGGGUCCCCGUUGUAUCUGCAGCGCUUAGCGAGCCACCAUUUAUCCGGCUUUGACGACGAACACUUGCAAACGACAGUCCUUACGCUCGUGCUUUCGUUUGUACUCCCCACGGCAACCCAGGAUAUUAUAAAGCCUGUCAUGGAUAAAUCAACGUACGUCGAACGAGUAGACAAGCUAAUGGAGGUCGCCAAGGCAUCUAAUCCAUUCUCGGAAGACUAUGCCCGCAAAAUGUUGCGAGUAUUGUUCUACCGACUAAAGGCAGCAAUGAACAUGAGCACGGAAGCUAAGGAAAAGAUUGCAGCACCACUCGUCCUCGUACGGUCAGCAAAAAUCGGUGACGUCGAGGAGGAUUACGGUUUGAGUGAGUUUACCAUCGCAUCCUUAAUUGUGAAAAUUAUCGAUGGAACGCAUCAAACUAUGCUCGCCAACCCCGAACUUGUUGAGAUCAUCAACAAAGACAUGCUGUAAGGUGAGACCUUGGGAUGGCAAUUUUAUAUGAUUUACUUUUGUUUUGUUAUAUGAGCAAAUUUAUAAGAAAUAUUUAUAGGAUAUUUUAUCUGUCAAAAAAAAAGGAUGUGGAAGAAUGAUUCUAAUACAUAAUAGACACAUAGUACUA